AUGUAUGAUACGCUAAGAAACCUCUUACACCCAGAGAAACCUGCCAGCAAGCCAUUGGCAAGCCUGAUUACUCUGUUAACUAGCCAUUUCCAACCAAAACCACUAGAGAUAGCAGAGAGAUUUAAAUUCUAUAAAAGAAGACAAGAACCUGGUGAAUCAGUUUCCGCAUAUGCCAUUGCGUUACGGAAACUCGCCAGCACCUGCUGUUUUGGGGACUACCUGCACACUGCUCUGCGAGACCAGUUUGUAAUGGGCAUUGCAAGUGAUACAGUGCUAAGGGGACUGCUUACAGAAGAAGAUUUAACAUUUACAAAGGCAAUGAACAUGGCAAGCAUUAUAGAACAAGCCUCUAAGGAUGCUAAUCUAUUACACAGCAGACUGGACAAUACACAGGAGGCAGAGCUAGAAGUUUUAAAAUUAGACGCUAGAGCGCGGAGUAUACCACAGGGAAAGAAACUUUCAAAACAGGAACAUUCACAUUACAAAUGUUAUCGCUGCGGAGCUGCUACACAUGUUGCAACUACAUGCAGAUUCAAGGAUGCCAAGUGUCAUGCUUGUGGUAAAAUGGACCACCUACAAAGAGUGUGUAAAUCCACAGCAGAGAGAGGCAGUAAUCGCUUGAGAGACAGAGCAAAGAAUGCCUAUAGAGUACAAAUGCAGGAGUCUUCUGAGGAUUCGGAUGAACAAUUUCCUGUCCGAAAUGUAAAAAAUAUAAAAUAG